AUGUUUGCAUCUGCCUUACAGGAGACUCCUAUGGGAAUAAUAAGAGGAAAAUUUCUGAUGGCUGCAGGAUUAAAUAUACCACCACCCACUAAAAGAACACUGCAGAAGCAUUCUAAUGUUGUUGCUAAUAAGAUAAAAGAGUUAAGUGACAAUGAUAUGAAGAAAAAACUUGAAACUGUGAAAGAAGUUAACAGAUUUCGUGGUGUAAAAGAGCCGUCACAUAUUCCUGUAGCAAUCGACACGCGUUAUAACAGUAUGCAUAUAGUGAGCACAAAAAAACCUCGACAAAAUGCUUCCCAGGCAAUACCUUUGGCGUGUGAGCAAGUCACUGACCAUAAGUUCAUUGUUGCAUCAGUUUUUCACAAUAAACUUUGCUGGACAGGUGUUUGGCUUAAAGGGAAAGGACUUGAUGUAACCUGUCCAAAUGGACAUGCUGGUACAUGUACAGCCAAUGUUAAGCCAACCAAGCCUUUAAGUGAAUAUCUCAUGGGUAAAGAAAUUGGACGUCAGGUUGAUAGGCAAAAUGGGCUGAUAAAGUAUGCAGUUACAGAUGGAGAUGGACGUGGAGUAGAAGGUAUAAAUGAUGCACUAAAUGUUUUACACUCGUUGUCGAAAGUUGAACGCCAAGCUGACCCAAUUCAAUUAGGACGCUCACAGUUUCGGCAAAGUAAUUCUGCAAAUGUUAGUUUGAACAUGUUUCCUGGGUCAACACGUGAAAAGAAAAAACAAGGACAGAAAGUUUGA